AUGAGCAAGUCCAGUUCGCUGAAAAUCAAGCGUUUGUUCAAACACAAGUCACUGGACAAGGAGUAUGCUCGCUCGCAGUCUCUCCGAGAUGUGGCGGUGGCACCGGGCAGUCCGCCGGACCUGCCCCCCACCUCACCGUCCGGUCCGGAGGGCAUUCAGGACGUGGAGCUGCAGCCUGGGUCGACCCUCAAAAGAAUCCUGAGCUUUAAGAAAAAAAAGAAGAAAUCAAAGCACGCCGAAUCAAGCGACUUAUUUUUCCAUGAAACCGAUGAUUCGGAAACCAAGAGUCAAUUGAACUUUGACCAGAUGAGCGUGACUACAGAAUGCAGCUACCAGACAGAGUCGGACUGGGGCCUUAACAGCGAGUCGGCGUCAGUAAUGAGCUUCGACAUGGCUCAGCCCAACAGCCCCUCCUCGCCUUCCAAACGCCACAAGAAUCCAGAAGAUAAGAAGGGGGUGCUUGGUCGCAUCAGCAACUUCUUCAGCCCCCGCAAGAAGAAGAGCCAGAGCAAGCAGCCUGGCGACGGCGAGAGCACCCCGACCUCCCCGACGUCCCCGCGCUCCCCGCAGAGCCCCCUGCAGGAGGACUGGCUGAAGACGCCCACCCCGUCCCGGCGGGAUGACGAAGUCCCCGGGCGGAAACCGGCGUUGAAGCAGCAUCUGGCCCGGGUCUCCCUGGACCUCACCGGCAGCCGGUCCACUCUGGCGUUCGACGAAGACGGGGGAGGGCUCCCGUUUGCCGACAGCGACAGCAGCGGCCAAGGCAGCGUGAGGGAGGUGCACGUGUGCCGGGUGAGCAGCAGCAGCGUCGCGCAGCAGGGAUCCGGGGACGCCACCCCCAUCCCCGGGGCCCAUGCCUCGUUCCUGGACACGGGGUCGGGCGGCGAGCCCGGCCUGAUGGACUCGGUGGUGCAGGAGGUGAGCAAGAGGCUGCAGCUCCACCUGGAGGAGGAGGCGGCCAACGUGAAGGACGGGAAGCAGUCCAAGCGGACACACUCAAAGUCUGUCCAAGUCCGGGUGAGCUCCAAGAUGUCCGAGCCGGUCAAGUCCCACAACCUCACCUCUAUAAGUGUCGCGUCCCUAAAGUCUCUUACAUUGAAAUCGGACGAUCCCGGCACGUCCCUGAAGGAAGUAACCUCCCCUCGCCUCCCUCUUACCUCGUCCGGCUCAGACUCGGAGAGCAUCGGCUCCAGAUCCACCAGCGUCCUCUCUUGGCUGAACGGAACGGCCACCGCUGAGCGGCAGGACUCCGCCUGGGGGGAACAUGAGCAGGGGGGCACCUCUCCGGCGCUGCUGCACAAAGCCAUACGGGUGGAGGCAGACCUGGCCGACGAGGAGGAGGAAGAAGGGGCGGGGGAGAGGGAGGAGGCCCUCAGAGCCGACUCCCCUCCCUUGAUCGCCGUGCAUGCCACCGUGGUUCCCGUCGAGGAACAGUGGCCUCGAGGCACCGACACGACCGACCGCCCCCCUCCCUCGGAGAUCACAGAGCUCUCUGGCAUGUCGCCAGAGUCCAAGGUUUCCAAGGCAGCCGCGGAGACCGGGGAGGCCAGAACAGAAGCAAGCCCAGAGGGGCCGGAGAGCCCCCGCGGCGGACCAGACCCCGGGAAGAGCUCCGCGAGGAGGAGCGAGGAGCCCCCACACGUCACGCGCAGGACGGUCAACCUGUCCGGGAAGGUGUUCGCCAAGAAGGUGUUUGUGAGCCAGGACAGUUCCGAAGCGGACGAGCCUGAGCCGGGGCCGGAGCCAGCGGGGAAAGGUCCAAAGAGGGGGGAUCACAGCGUGGCUUCGACUCAGAGUGUCGUCGAGGCAACAAAGCUGAAACGACAAACAAGACUGGAAAGCACCAACCAAGAACCUGAUGCUGCCACGGAAACCAGCACUAAUAAAGAAACCUCACCGACCUCUGAAAUGUCCAUAAACAAAUCAAGGGGACAAACUGGAGGGGACAAGGGGCCCGCCAAGUCAUCCGCCCCCAGAGCAGGCGCCAAAGCGGAGAAGGAGAGCAGGCCAUCCGUCACAUCUGGUGGCCGUGGCAUGGCGGAAGCGGCGGGAGCCAGGGCUAAAAAGGGAAAGACGUCCGCAGAGGACGCUUCUGGAGAAACGCCACUCCGAGACGAGACCACCACUAUGCAUUCAAUCAAGCGCAAAGACAGUCCGGUGCAUGCAGCCACAACUGGCAUUAAAUCAAGAAUCCCCAAGAAGACAACAUCCGAGAGCGAACCAAAGUCUCCAGUGACACCGGACAAAACCGCUGCACCGGACAUCUCAGUGGUGUCCGUGGUCAGUCCCACGACACACAAGUCAAAAGAACCGCUGGUUAAACAUAAAGCAGUCACUAGUAAGGUUAAAAGGCCAAGUUUAGAGGAUAGCAAGUCGGCCAAAGCUCAGGCAACGGACGUUUCGCCGACAAAAGCACCGUCAAUGCUCACAAAGCACAGCAAAGAAAGGAAGGCCGAGGACGAAAGCUCGGCGAAACUGGUUAAUGGCCUGGAGAAAAUCCACGAGCAGAGGACUAUUGUGAAGGCCCAAUCCACUGACAAAGACAACACAGGUGGUAAAAAGCCGGGCCAGGUGCAGGUGGAGGCUGUACCAUCAAAGAGCCGGCUGCCAAUUACUACACCUGCAAAGCAGAGGAGUGACGGAAUGACCAGCAACACCAAAAACACAAAGAGUGGUGUUGCUGAAGCAGAAUCUGGGAGCAAAAAUAAGCCGGUGAUCACUGGAGGGACACAAACUCAGGACCACAGAAGUUCUGAAAAAGAAACAAAGAUAGCUACCCUCCUGCCUGAGCAACUCUCCAAAAAUAAAAGAAUGGUGGGGAAGACUGACGCUGAGACACACAUAUCUACCACGCCAUCCAAGAAAACUCCAUCAUUUAAGCUCAAAAAACCAAAUCUAGACCCAUCUAACACUAUCAAUGACAGCACUAAAAGCACACAGAGUGAUUCAACCGAGCCCUCGAGUCCUUCGAGCAAGCCUCAAAUGGCACGGCAGAAGAUACAAGGGCACAUUUCCAAGACAAAAAAAGGGGGUUCCUCUACCGAUUCUUUGACAGAAAAGACAGAACGUCUAUCUCCUACAAAGACGAAUCAUGAACCGUUCAAGCUCAUUGAGGAUGUUGUCAGUAAGGUACAAGGCCAGAAGAAGGAUGGCACAAAUGGUGAUGCAUUACUACCAUCUCAGUCUGAUUCAGAGGCAGCCCCUUCAGAUGAUAUUUCCACCACUAGCUCUUCCCAGGACACAAAAGGAAAGUCACAACUUAUUGCCGGCCUUUCAGCAGGCAGCGAAGCUGAGACCGACAGAAUUACAGACAAAGGGCGGGGCGUAGGCCAUGCCUCAGUAGUUAAUGUAAGCAGCCAUACAGAAGAACAAUCUACCAUCGUUACAACAACACAAAAGGAUGAUGCUGUUCUCACCACAAGCCCUCAGGUACAAGCAACGAUAUCCCUGGCCCCGGUCACUGAAAAGGUGCCCUGUAUUGAAGAUGUACAUCCAAUAAGAGAUCAAAAACCAGAUGAGCAAGUGGAUGACGCCCCUACUUAUAGUCAGGAAGAGGAUCGUGAAGCAAAGAUAUUAACAAAAACUCAACCUAAAAAACGUUCACAUAUCAAAGAGAGUAUACCUAACCAGGUUGAGAAAAGUGUAUUGCAACCGGAAUACCAUGAAGCCAAAGGAAAUGACAAAGUCACACCAGAGACAAUAAUAGAAGCAAAACAGGAUGAAAGCCAUUCUGGACUUGCUGCUGUGUCAGCUAAGGACAAAAUAUCUUCCAAUAAUGGUGCAAAUAAUAUACUUACCAAACCAGAAGUAACCUAUAUUGACACUAAGACCAAUGAGGAUAGUGUUGCAGCCAAUGAUUCGCUCACAGCCAAAGGUCAGGCUAUGCAUAAGCUAGUUUCACAAAGUGAGGCGACAAAUAAAAGUAAUGGGCCUUCUCAACUAUCUUUAGAUGACCAACAGGCUGAUGGAAUAAAAUAUAAUUUAAUGUCAACCCAAGAACAACCAACCAUCCCAUAUAUCGGGAUUCAAGCAAAAAACGUCACAUCUUCUGACAUACCAAACACAGACGCGGUGCUUGAAAAGGAUAGAAUGCCGAUGACAACGGUUGAUUUGACAGUGGUGAAGGCUAUAGACAGAACGUCAAUAGCUAGCCAGGCUACAAUUGUUCAGAGAUCCACUGAAUUAGCAGACAAUCAUUUGGAUAAAGAGAUGCUUUCAGACUCACAGCUUUUGCAUCAGGAGCAAAAUGACAAGAUGAAUGAGAGCUCAGAGGAAGGGGACCAAAAGACCAGUCGCAGGGAACAUGAUGCCUUGGCGGUGGAAACUCGAGCAGAGAAAGUGACAACAAUAUCAAAGAAUAUCCUUGAUGUCAUUCCAAAGGCAGCUUCUGAAUCAGAGCAGAAACCCCAGACUGUCAGCUCGGUCACUGCAGAUCAGAAACAUGACGUUGUUGACCAUGUUGAAAAAUCGAGUUUAAUGGCUACAACUGCCAUGAGCAGGGAGAUUAAUUCCACACAAGUCUGCAUCAAAGAUAAUGUGAAGAGUGACGAGACAAACACAGUGCAAGAAGACCAGCAGGUGCCAUCAUCCACAAUACAGAUUAGGCAGGAAUCAAUGCCUGUUUUUAACGAUGAAGUCCGAAUCCCAGCGACACAGAACUCAGAAUGCCCAAAACCAGAUUCCAUGACAUUUAAUGAAGGUAACAGAAUGCCCGAAAUCAAAGAUAGCCAGGUAACACUAGAUGCCACUAGAAUUAACUCAACAGAAAAGCCAGCUAUCAGUACUGAUGUUUGCAAGGAGGAUUGUCAAAAAGAGCAAAGACAGAAGAAAAUAAACACAGAAAACAGGGACAAAAGUAGUUUAUCCAUUGAAAGUUCAAAUGAAAGUUCGGAUUCAAAGACGCAAUCAACAAAAACAUUGAAAGUGAUGACUACUGAUACUCAAGAAAAGACCCAAAUUGUUCUUAAACAGGAAUCUAACAAAGACACUACAGCUAAAACAGAACACAAAGCUAAUGAAGUUUCAACAGAGACACCAGUCUUAAUAAUGGACUCAGAAACAAGAGCUGUGAACGCCGCAAAAACACAGCAGUCGUCAACAGUCAGUUCAGGGCUUGAGGCCUCAUCGAAGGACACAGAUUCUAAAGUUAGUCAUAAGAAGGACCACAUAGUUAUUGAACAUCCGGAUCUAGAGAUUCAAAAAACAGUUUCUAAAGUUAGUCCUAAGCAGGACAUCGAGACCAUCGUUGGUCAAAGUCGAGAUCAGAAGAUUCCAAAACAAGAGACUGCCCCAGAUUCCCUGCUGAACGCAACCCCAAAAAUGACAACUAUCGGCACUGAUGUUCUAAAGGAAGACUUUGGAAAAAUCAAUGCAGAACUCCAGGACAAAGGAACUUCAUCCUCUGAAAACAAAGAAGACACAUCAAGCACUAAAAAAGAAUCGAUUGCCCUCAAGAAAGACGUUUUAAUUAUAACUGAAAAAUGUAAUGAAAACGAGAGAAAAGGAAAUUACAAUAUAUUGUCAAAGGAAAGGUCAGGAUCACAGAUGGAAUCAACGCACACAUUGAAAGUGAUGCGUGCUGAUGCUCAAGAAGAAUCCAAGGUCUUCACCAAACAGGAAUCGAACCAGUUUGAAGACACUAGCGAUAAAAAACAACACAAAGCUAAUGUAGUUUUAACAAAGACUCCAGCCUUAGAGAUGGACUCAUCACAAGAAAGGAAAGCCAGGAUCACUGAUGCUCAGGAAGCAGCAAAAACACAGAGGCCAUCAACAGUCAUUUCGGGGCAUGAGACCUUGGAAAAGGACACAGACUCUGAAGUUAGUCCAAAGCAGGACCUCAAGGAACUCGCUGUUAUUGAAUGUGAAGAUGAGAGCGUUCCAAAUCCAGUGAAGAGCCCAGACUCCCUGGUUAUCUCAACACAAAAAAUGACAGAUAUCAGCACAGAUGUUCCGAAAGAGGAUUGCAAGAAAGAUUUAGGACAGGAGAAGAUGGACACAGAAAUCAAGGACAGAGUGAGUACAUUCUCUGAAACUAUUGCCAUCGUGUCAAGCACAAUCCAGGAGCCGGGGGCCUUGAAGACAGACAAAACAGACGAAACCCAGAACAAAGCUAACAAAGUUUUAAUUGAGACACUAAAAUCAGUGGUGGACUCAUCACAAAAAACACAAACUGUGGACACUGAUACUCAGAAGGAUGUAGUUGCUGAAUCAACAGAUAUUUUGAGGGUUGAGACCUCAAUGAAGGACACAGAUUCUAAUUUUUUUCAAAAGCAGGACACCAUUAUUGUUGAAGGUCAAGGUCAGAAGAUCCAAAAUUCGGAAAAGACCCCAGAUUCCAUUGUGAACGCAUCACAGAAAAUGACCGUUACCAGCACAGAUGUUCCAAAGGAGGAUUAUAAAAUGAAUUCAGCACACGCGAAGAUAAACACAGAAAGCCAGGAUAAAUUAAGUUUAACCUCAGCAAAGAUCACAGAUUCUAAAGUUAGUCCAAAACAGGACUUCAAGGAGCCUGCUCUUAUUGAAUGUGAAGAUGAGAGCAUUCCUAAACCAGUGAAGACCCCAGACUCCCUGGUUAUCUCAACACAAAAAAUGACAGAUAUCAGCAUUGAUGUUCCAAAGGAGGAUAGUAAGAAAGAUUUAGUGCAGGAGAAAGUGGAAACAGAAAUCAAGGACAGAAUGAGUACAUUCUCUGAAACUAUUGCCAUUGGGUCAAGCACAAUCCAGGACUCGGGGGCCUUGAAGACAGACACAACAGUUGAAACACAGGACAAAGCUAACAAAGUUUUAACGGAAACACCAAUCUCAGUAUUGGACGUAUCACAAAAAACACAAACUGUGAACACUGAUACUCAGAAGGAUGUAUUUGCUGAAUCAUCAACAGACAUUGUGAGGGUUGAGACCUCAAUGAAAGACACAGAUUCCAAAUUGAGUCCAAAUCAGGACACCAUUAUUGUUGAAGGCCAAGAUCAGAAGAUUCAAAAAUCUGAAAUCAGCACAGAUGUUCCAAAGGAAGAGGAUACAAAGGAUUCAGCACGCAAGAAGAUAAACACAGAAAGCCAGAUUAAAUGUAUAUCCUCUGUGGAACCUAUGGCCUUCAAGAAAGAGAAUUCACUGACAACUGAAAAGCUCUGUAAAAAUGAGAGAAAAGGAGAUGACAUUGUCCUUUCAAAGGAGAGUUCACAAAAAUCAACAGACUCAUUGAAAGUGACGACCAAUGAAAUCAAGACCUUUACUCAAGAGGAAACCAAGACACCAGUCUUGGAGAUGGACUCAACGCAAACAACUAAAGCUGUAAACACUGACUCUCAGAAGGAUGCAUUUGUAAAAGAAGCAGGGAAAACUCCUGAGUCAUCAACAGACACUUUCAGGAUGGCGACCUCAGCAAAGGACCCAGAUUCCAAAGUAAGGCCUGAGCAGGAAGCCGUGAUUAUUCAAGAACAGGAAGGCACAGAACAGGGAGCAAUUAAGAGGCCCGUCCUUGAACAAAUUGUCACUGUGGGUGAUUCAAAACCUUUUUCAAAGGAAAGCUUAGAUUCACAAAUGAAGUCACCAAGCGCAUCAAAAGUGGGAGUUCCUGGCACUCAUGAAGAGCCUCAGACCUUCACUCAACCGGAAUCCAAACCAACACCAAUACAACAUGAACAGUUGAAAGACACUACAGAUAAACCAAGCAGAGCUAAGGAAGUAUUAACCAAGACACCAGUAUUAGUGAUGGAAUCGUCACACGAAACAAAAGCCUUGAACACUAACGUCACAGUGAAGGACUCAAUAUCUAAAGAUAGUCCUAAGGAGGACAUUGAGACCAUCGUUAUUCAAAGUCAAGGUCAGAAGAUUCCUAAACCAGAGACAGCCCCUGGCACUCAAGAGGAACCUCAGACCUUUACUAAACCGGAAUCCAAACCAGAAGCAAUUGAAAAUGAACAGUUGAAGGACACUACAGAUAAACCAUGCACAGCUAAGGAAGUUUUAACCGAGACACCAGUAUUAGUGAUGGAAUCGUCACAAGCAACAAAAACCUUGAACACUGAGGCCACAGUCAAGGACUCAAUAUCUAAAGAAAGUCCUAAACAGGACAUUAAGACCAUCAUUAUUCAAGGUCAAGGUCCGAAGAUUCCUGAACCUGAGAGAGCUCCAGAUGCACUGGUAAAUGCAAAGGAAGAAAGUAGAGCUAUCAGCACUGAUGUUCCAAAGGGGGAUUGUGAUAAAAAUCGAAGACAGGAGAAAAUAAACACAGAUUCACAGAUGAAGUCACCAAUUUUGAGGGCUGAGAACACAGCAAAGGACACAAAUUCUAAAGUUAGCCUGAAGGAGGAAGCUCAGUCCAUCACUAAACAGUUGAAAGACACUGAUAAAAUAAGCAACUCUAAGAAAGUUUUAACCGAGAAACCAGUCUUAGUGAUGGAAUCUUCACAAGAAACAAAAGCCUUGAACACUGAGGUUGCAGUAAAGGAUUCAAUUCGAUCUAAAGACCGUCCUAAGCAGAUUGAGACCAUCGUUACUCAAACUCAAGGUCAUGAGAUUCCUAAACCAGAGGAACCCUCAGCUGAAGCCAAUCAUCCAAAGUCUGACUCAAGGCUGGAAAGAGAAACUGUUUUAGAAAACAGUCUUGUGAAGGAGAGGAAAGGCACAGAAGCAGGGGAAAAUAAGAAGCCUGUCGGUGAACAAACGGUCACUAUAGUUGAUUCAAAACCCCAGCUAUUUUCAGAGGAAUGCUCUGAGUCACAGAUGAAGACGACACCCGCAUCCAAAGCGACCACUACUGCCAUUCAAGAAGAAACGAAGACCCUCACUAAACAGGUAUCCAAACCAAUUUCCAUCAAACAGGAAAAGCUGCCAUGCACUACAGAUAAAACACCAAAUAAAGCUGACAAAGUUUCAGAGAAAACACCAGUCUCUAAAAUGGAUUCAAAAGCCAUGAGCACUGAGGCUAAGGAGGAUGGAUUUGGAAAAGGAGCUAGGAAAACCGAUGAGUCAUCAAAAGACAUUAUAGGGGUUGAGACCUCAGCAAAGGAUAAAGAUCAUAAAGCUAUUCCUAAGCAUGACCCCAUAAUUAUUGAACAUCAAGAUCAGAAGAAUAUAAAACAAGUGGAUCCCUUUGGUCCAUCAACAGAAUCCAAAUACUCAAAUUCAGACUUCAGGCCGGGUCCAGAAACAAAAGUAGAAAACAUUCUGGUGGAGGCGAGGAAGGGCAAAGAAAAGGGAGAUAAAAGAAAUCCUGUCAUUGAAAAAACGGUCACCAUAGUUGAAUCAAAACCCAAGCUUCUUUCAGAGGAAAGCUCAGAGUCACAGAUGAAGUCCCCACACACAUCGAAAGUGACCACUACUGACACUAAGACCCUCACUAAACAGGGACCUAAAACAAUUCCAUUAAAACAUGAAAAGCUGAAAGACACUACAGAGAAAACACCAAACAAAGCUGACAUAGUCUUAACGGAAACCACAGUCUUUGACAAGGUUUCGAUACAAAAACCAAAAGCCAUGAACACCGAUGUUCAAAAGGUUGGAUUUGCCAUGGGCAAAGUGCAAACUGGUACGUCAUCAACAGCCAACAUGGGGGUUGAUAUCUUAGUAAGGGAUAAAGAUCCUAAAGUUAUUCCUAAGCAGGACCCCAUAAAUACAACAAAACGCCAUAAUGAACCCCAAGAUAAGAAGAAUAUAAAACCUGUUGAACCCCCUGGUCUAUCAAUAGACGCCAAAUACGCAAUGUCAGACUUUAGACUGGUUACAGAAACAUUAGUAGAAAACAGGCUUGUGGAGGAGAGGAAAGGCAAAGCACAGGGAGAUAAUAGGAAACCUGUCCUUGAACAAACGGGGCCUAUUGUUGACUUUAAACCACAACCCACAUUCACCUCCAACGCAGUUGCACAGAAUCAAAAAGAUCAAGUUAAAGAGAAAAGAGAUCUGUUGAAAAAUCCAAAUAAGAUGAGCGCAGAUGCACAAAAUCAAAAGACAGUUAUUUGUACCAAAGCCACGGGAGUGAAGGACAAAAACAUCCAACAAAAACACAGUGCUGCCUCAAAGAACAGCAUCAUACCACAGACAGAACCUACACAUGAAUCAAAAGCCCAAAAAGCUCAGAGCGUGGUGAGAAGCGCCACAGAUGUGGGGAAAACGAAUGAGUCAUCAACACAGGCCACCGCCACACUGCCAUUCAGCCACACAGACACGCCCUCCAGCUGGUUAGAUGUAGAACGAGGACCCAAACUUGACAAUAAGGAGGAACACGACAGACGGCCAGACACAGAGCCUUUUGAUGACCUCAUCAGGAGUAUCAAGGAGGGAAGUAUUCCUUUCUCGCAUCCUCAGAAGAGGAAGCUUAAAUAUAUCAGAGGUUCGACUUCACCGUUUGCUCUACCGGCCAUCAAGGAAGACCAUAUGGAGAGAGUGCUUGACCCGGCCCAGUUCACGUUUGGCCUGAGGAAACAAACACCAGACUACUGGGACCUGUCGCCGGGUCAGGUUAUGAAGCAGAAAUCGGAAGACAGGGAUGCGAAGAAUCCACCAAAACGUGCAGCAAGAGAAGAGAGCUUUAUUUUCAAAGCCAUGCAGUGUUCGAGUGCUCGGGACAGCGAGAAAGCGCUGCCUGAGGAGAAGGACAAGGAGGAGAGGAAGAGUCAAGGCACCAAAGAUCAGCAAGAUGAAAGGAGCAAAGAAGAGCCUGGAAAGGUUAAGUCUAGAUUAGAAAGGAUGUCUAUCCUCUCCGGCUUGAGGAGCGCCCCCAAGUCCACCAGAAAAGUCGGGGAGGAAGUCAGCGCCACAAAUAGCACAGCUGCAUCUGGCCAAGGAGACCACAUUCUUUCCCCGGGAAAACAGGGGAUUGUUUCUUUAGCUCAGUCUGGCAAGGAGCCAAGUGGUUCAGGCGCGAAAGGCAAAGACACAGGCUUGCCCGCUGUGGGUGUUUGGAAAGGUGCAGCCAGUGACUCACUCGUCAGCCCCUCCUCUCUUCCCUCCCUUCCGUCCUUCUCUGAGAUCAAGCUGCCGGAUCAUUUGGAGAAAUAUCGGAAAACCAACAAAAGGACCUCGGAGGCCCCGCAAGGAUCCCCACAGGCUAGUCAUCCCACAGGAAAGGCCAAAGCUACAGCUACAGGCACAGUUAUGGACGCGGCUCAGAGUGCUAACGUGGACAAGGGACUAAAGGGCACUGCAGGACUAACCCCUAAAAACAAACAUUUCCAGAACAUCCCUAUAAGUAGAGCCGCUGCUGUCAAACCUAAGAAACCUUUUGAAGCACGAGGGUUCCACAAAAGACCCGGAAAGAUCGUCAUCCAUGAGCUCGAGGAGUUUGGAGGGCAGGCCUACGAGCUCCUCUGUGACCAGGAGGACGCCACCGCCAUGGGCCUGUCGCCCAUCAUCUCCGUCAAGGUUACACGAGGAUGCUGGAUGCUGUAUGAAAAGCCUGGGUUUCUGGGCCGCACCAUUGCUCUGGAGGAAGGCCCCACUGAUCACCUAGUGAAUAUGUGGGCCGAGGAGGAAACCCCCAUGCCGCUCGGUCCCGGGGGCCAACCCAUUCCUACUGCUCCCAUGGUGAUAGGAUCUAUUCGCCUGGUUGUUAGGGACUACAGCAUACCCCGCAUCGACAUGUUCGCUGAGGUCAACGGGAUGGGCCUGAUGACGUCCUUCUGCGACGACACCGUGGAGCUGGGCUCCUUCGGCAGACCGCCCACCACCGGCUCCAUCAAGGUCCAGUCCGGGGUGUGGUUGGUGUACAGUGACAUCGGCUUCGAAGGCAUGCUCGCAGUGCUGGAGCCUGGGGAGUUUCCCUGUCCCCAGGCCUGGGGCUUCGACCAGCCCUUCAUCGGCUCUAUGAGGGCCCUGCGCAUGGGCCCAAUAAAGGUGGAACACCCCAAGGAAGUCAAGGCCCUGGUUUUUGAGAAGCCUGGAUUUGAGGGGGGGUGCCUGGAGCUGGACAGAGAGGCGUACGACCUGCUCGCAGGAGACGCAGAGCCGGAGGAGCAAAGGCCAGAGGAGGGAGACCCGACGGAGGGAGACGGAGACGGGGGAGAGAGGAGGGCCCUGUCUUCGGUGGGCUCCCUCAAGAUCCUGGCUGGACUGUGGGUGGGCUAUGACGAGGCAGACCUGGAGGGCCGCCAGUACAUCCUGGAGGAGGGCGAGUACCCCCAUGUCAGCGACUGGGGCGGGUCGGAGGACGGCCUCCUCUCCCUGAGGCCCAUCGUCACUGACUUCCUGUCACCGCACAUCAAACUAUGCAGUGAAAUGAACUUCGGGGAACGUGGGGUCAAAGUGGACCUGCUGGACCCCGUCAUCGCCAUGGAGAGCACAAACUUUGGUACCAAGACCCAGUCCAUCAACGUGCUGGGAGGAGUGUGGGUGGCCUUUGAGAAGGCAGCUUUCAGCGGGGAGGUGUAUGUGCUGGAGAAAGGCCUGUAUGGAAGCCACGAGGACUGGGGAGCACAGGCCUUCAGGAUCGGGUCCAUACAGCCCGCUUUCCAGAACGACUUUUCAGUAGCGAGCAAGUUCAAGGUGCAUCUCUAUUCAGAGGAGGACUUUAAGGGAAGGGAAGUGGUCUUAGAAGACAGUGUGGGGGCCUUGGACGAAGACUUCAUACCAAAAUCCUGUAGGGUGAAGGCUGGCAGUUGGGUAGCCUACGAGGGAGCCGAGUUCUCCGAGGACAUGUAUGUUCUGGAGGAGGGGGACUACCCCGGCCCCGAGGCCAUGGGCUACUGGGCCCGGGACACCGCCAUCCGCUCCAUGCAGACCACGGGACACGAGUUAUCCCUGCCCUCGGUCACUCUGUUCAGCAAGCUGGGCUGCAGGGGUCGACGGGUCUCCCUGACCAGCGGCGUGGUCAACCUGCGGCAGAUGGGCCUGGACUCACUCAUGCGCUCCGUAGCGGUGGGCGGAGGAAUGUGGGUGCUGUACGAGGGGGGGAACUACCGUGGCCGGCAGAUCCUGGUGCUGCCCAAUGAGAUCGGGGACUGGCACGGCUACAGCGGCUGGAAGCAAGUGGGGUCUCUGAGGCCGUUACUUCAGAGGCAGCUGUACUUCCGCCUGCGGAGCCGGGAGUCGGGCUGCGUGGUGACGCUGACGGGCACCCUGGACGACGUCAAGCUGAUGAGGCUGCAGGCGCUGGAGGAGGGCGGCGGCGGCGCCGAGCAGCUCUGGCUCUACCAGCACGGCCAGCUCACCUGCAAGCUGCUGGAGGACUGCUGUCUGGAGACCACCGGCAGCAUGCUGAUGGCAGGCAGCCGUCUGUCUGUGUCGGCCGAGCGCGGCAAGGACAACCAGCUGUGGGACCUCACCCACGACGGCCUGGUGCGGUGCCACCUGAAGCCAGAACUGGUCAUGGAGGUCAAAGGUGGCCAACAAUAUGACAAGAACCAUGUGAUCCUCAACACAUUCAAUGAGAGAAAAUUGAGCCAAAGAUGGUCAGUGGAAAUUCUAUAACUCCAAUGCACACCUUAAGAACGACAACGCCCAGGGAACCACAGAAACAAGCUUUCUCCGAGACUUCAGCACUGGCCACUGUAGCUCCCCCAGGGGGACUACGCUCUACGAUGCUGCUCCACCAGGGGGACUGUGCUCUGUGAUGCAGCUCAGCCAGGGGGACUGGGUUUCAACUCUGAGUGAACCAGAAAUAUGAAUUUUAAGUUCAUGGUUUUCGCUACUAAAUCUCUCUCUCUGCAAUAUCUUGGUACUUUUAACAUUCUUUCAGCUUUACUUUAAACAUUUUUUUUAUAAACAAUAAAAUGCAAAGAGAUAGGUCUAUGAUAAAAGUCAAAGUAAUUGCAAAUUUUUAUUGACCAGAUCCUCUCCAAUUCAGACCUGUGUUGAUGCUGUACCUAUCCUCUCUGCCAGAAAUUGUAUUUGUUUCCUAAUUGUGUGUUUGAGACAUUAGUGAAGGUUUUAUGUAUGACCCCCAAAUAAUGUUCUCUUUCCUAUUUUUCAAUGGCUGCAGAUCAAACUUGAUUGAUUGUACAGUUUGAACAUGUUUCAAUGUGGCAGGUUUAGAUCAUAUAUUAAGUGGUACUGCGUUAAUCAUGUGUAUAGAUUAUAUCAAUGCAGUACCGCUGCACUGACGCCUACUACUGUAUGUAAAUAUGUGAAUGCCUGUUACGUAGGAAUAAAGAUUUGGUCUUCCUUACA